UCGCCACGGCGCCCGCCGCUAUUUAAGGGGCCGAGGCUGAGUCGCCCCCAAGUUCCCUUGCUCGGGCACACACGGGCCUCUCUCACUCCCUCCUCGGGUGCGACCUCGGGAAAGCGCAGCGGGAAGCAAUGUACGGCGGUGUUUGCAUCUGCGUGUUCCUUGCUGUGCUCUCAGCGAGCUCUUUGGGACAGCAAACUGUGGGCUCGCACAAUGGGAAUCCCCUGGCUCCUGAGCUUGAGCAGAGCUUGACAGGACACUCCCGGCAUGUCCGUGCCCCUUCGUCUGCCGGGCCGCUGAAACCUGUGCCGCGGCUGGAUGGAAGCAGCGACCAGAGGGCGAACAUCGGCGCCUUGUUGGCCAAGUAUCUCCAGCAAGCCAGAAAAGGUCCCACUGGAAGGCUCUCAGUUAUGGGAAACAGGGUACAGAGCAUUGAUCCCACACACAGGAUAAAUGACAGAGACUACAUGGGCUGGAUGGAUUUUGGACGCCGCAGUGCUGAAGAAUAUGAAUACUCCUCCUAAAGAGCAGCAAACUAUAGCAACAGGAAAAAAAAAAAAAAAAUCACACUCCCAUGUCUGUACAGAGAGAGAAAACUUAAUUUGUUGUCCUCUUCGAAUCAGUGUUUUAAAAUAUAUCAUGUAUUUGAUGUAAAUUUGUUGGUAAGAUUAUACAAUGCAAUACAUACAUAUGCAGAAUUUUCCAGAAAAUGUUUUCUUGCUUUUGUGGUUUCUCAUACACUGAUAUUAUAUUAAAAUUAUUUC